AUGGGACGCUUCUCUCGCGCAGCUGUUGCUGCUUCUCUAACCUCAGCAGUCGGAGCCGCAUCUAAUGCAACCUCUCUGGCGGACGUCUGCACUGUUUCCAAUAUCCAAGCUGCCCUCCCAUCGAACGGAACCCUCCUUGGUAUCGACCUGAUUCCGUCCGCGGUCACUGCCAGCGUUGUGUACAAUGCCACCACCGGAGGCGGCAUGACCACCACUACUUCCACCACAAGCACGACAUACAACUACUGCAACGCGACCGUUACCUACACCCAUACCGGUAAGGGUGACGAGGUUGUUCUGAAGAUCGUCUUCCCAGAGCCUUCCACCUUCAAGAACCGCUACUACGUCGCCGGUGGAGGAGGGUUCUCGCUCUCCAGCGAUGCCACUGGAGGUCUUGCAUAUGGUGCUGUUGGUGCUGCCACUUCUGCCGGGUACGACGCAUUCGAUCAGAGCUAUGACGAGGUGGUGCUGUACGGAAAUGGCUCCAUCAACUGGGAUGCCACUUACAUGUUUUCAUACCAAGCGCUGGGCGAAAUGACGAAGGUCAGCAAGGAGGUCACCAAAGGGUUCUACGGCUUGUCGAGCGAUACGAAGGUCUACACCUACUACGAGGGCUGCUCGGAUGGUGGACGCGAGGGCAUGAGCCAGGUCCAGAGAUGGGGUGAGGAAUACGACGGUGUUAUUGCAGGCGCCCCGGCCUUCCGAUUUGCACAGCAGCAAGUUCAUCACGUUUUCCCUGCCACAGUCGAGCAUACAAUGGGCUACUAUGCUCCACCAUGCGCCUUGGAAAAGAUUGUCAACGCCACCAUCGCAGCCUGCGACCCUCUGGAUGGCCGCACCGACGGUGUCAUCAGCCGGACAGACCUCUGCAUGCUCAACUUCAACCUCAGCUCCAUUAUCGGCGAGUCUUACUACUGUGCUGCCGAGACUAGCACAUCACUCGGCUUCGGCUUCAGCAAGGUCAAGCGCCAGGCGGCCGCAGGCAGCUCGUCCAGAUACCAGCCUGCCCAGAACGGGACUGUCACUGCAGAAGACGUGGCUGUUGCACAGGCUGUAUACGAUGGUCUCCAUAACUCUGCUGGCCAGCGUGCAUACCUUUCCUGGCAGAUUGGCUCCGACCUCAGCGAUGCGGACGGAGUUUGGGACAACUCCACUUCGUCUUGGUCUCUGAGCAUCCCAUCUACUGGAGGCGAAUACGUCACAAAAUUCGUCCAGUUGCUCAACAUCGACAACCUCGAGAAUCUCGACAACGUCACCUACGACACCCUGGUCGACUGGAUGAGCAUUGGCUACUUCAGGUACCUCGACAGUCUUCAGACCACCCUCCCAGACCUCACCCCAUUCCAAUCUUCUGGCGGUAAGAUGAUUCACUACCACGGCGAAUCCGACCCAUCGAUCCCAGCUGCUUCCUCUGUUCAUUACUGGCAGUCUGUGAAGUCCAUCAUGUACGGCAAUCUCUCCGAUUCGGAGGCUCUCGACGCGCUCAACGAUUGGUACCAAUUCUACCUCAUUCCCGGCGCGGCGCACUGCGGCUCAAACACCCUUCAACCCGGCCCAUACCCACAGGACAAGAUGCAAACCAUAAUCGACUGGGUUGAGAAUGGAAUCAAGCCAUCUCGCCUGAACGCCACCGUCUCCUCUGGAACCUACGAAGGCGAGGUGCAGAAGCUUUGCCAGUGGCCUAAGCGUCCUUUGUGGCAGAGCAACAGCACCAGCUUCGACUGCGUUGAUGACAAUGCCUCGAUCGAGAGCUGGACCUACACCUUCCCAGCUUUCAAGGUGCCGAUCUACUAA